AAAUUUAAAAGAUGGGAAAAAAUUUUUUUCUUAACGUACUUGGCGUGCGUCAUUGAGUACCCAAAAUUUUUUCGGGCAUAUAUUACUUAUUUGUCUAUUACCUCCUGCUCACCAAUAACAUAUUUUGUCAUUUAUAUUUUUGAUUUUAUCAUUUGUUAUGUCCUUCUCCUGGUGGCCACACGUGAAUUUACUAUUUUGAAUCCAAAUUACCAGGGUCCCACAGUAGAGAGGCUUGAUGACGUCGAUUGGCUGCUCCCCUCCCAAGUAGACUUCAGCUUGAAGUGUUGGCCACGUGCUCGCUCCUUCCGACUAUGCUGGAUACCUGAGUCUGACAAGAGAAUUUCCCAACUCCCUAAUGACUGGGAACCUUUUUAGAGACCUGACGGCCAGACUAUAUUGUCCUUAAGUAAGGGUCAAUAAUCCGCCCAGACUGUCCUUUUGUAAUACAAUAUUUAUGGCACAUAGAUAGUUUAUUGAUACUUAAAAUAUAAUCUGUAAAAAGUCUAAUAGAACUUAAGCCUACGACAAUAGGAACUAUCCCGAAUACUAAAAAACUCAUAGCUAUAUAUUUUACUCCAAUCCUAUUACAAUAGUGUCCUAUCUCUUUACGAUACUUAUUCUAAUUACAAUGGAUGGGAAAUUUCUAGAGAGUGACCAGACGACUAAAAUAUUAAUGGGAUUUUCCCUAGCGUUCUCUCAAUUAUUUUAUAAUAUUCUAAAUUUCUCGCGCUAUAAGUUAUCAUAAUUUAUUCUCGCGUGAUGGCGCCUCAAGCGACCAAGUAAACCGUGAUAUAACAUCACACGUCCCUCCUUACCUAAAAAGGUGUUACCAUUAGUAACAGCUUUUUCUUUUAUAAUUUUCUCCUUUUUUUUUUUUAUAUUUAGAUAUAAUAUUAUAAUUUUAAAUACAUACUAAACUUAAAAUACUAAUAAUCCAUUUAGUUGAAUUCGCGAUACUGCUAACAACAAUUUAAAAGUUUGCUUAUUCUAGGUUGACAAACGGUUGAUUAAAUUACAUACUAAACUCUAUUAUCUAUCGUAUACUUAAUUAUCUCUGAAAGAAAUUAACAGUGUUACAGGUCAUACUCGUCACCGGAUGUGUCAGACUCGACUUCUACACGAAUAUGAGCUAGUUUUAAUUUAUCUGUAUGAACUAUUUUAGUUUUCUGUCCCUUUAAUGCGAUUUUAACGUUACGAUCAGACAGGACUUCAAUAAUUUUAUAAGGUCCGUCCCAUUGGGGGUCAAAUUUAGAAACUCUAGGUUCUUUAAGAAGUAAGACCAUAUCAUUAACAUGAAAAAUACGCGGAUUUUGUUUCCGAUCAUAAUAGGUUUUACUAAUAUUUUUAGCCCUUUCGAGAUUUGCUACAGCGUUGGCUUGAGUACCUGAGAUUCUAGCGAACAAAUCGUUAAAGUAAUCGUUAUAAGUUGUAGGGAUUUCCUCUUCGGCAAACUCAGAAGGGAUGCGAGCCUUUUUCCCAAAAAUUAAUUCAUAGGGGGUGUAUCCCGUUGAUUCAUGAACUGAGAUAUUCAACAAAGACGUGGUGAGCUCUUUCAAGAGACCCUAGAGACUGAGGCCUAAAGGCAGUUGAUUUUAUUUGUCGAAUUUUAAAUACUCUACAGAAUAACUUUAAAGUGUGACUAAUGAAAUUUGAACCUUGAUCAGUGUGAAUUACUUUAGGACACCCAAACCGACAGAUGAAGUUAUUAGCGAAAGCCAAGGCAAUAGUGGUAGCAUCAAUAGUAGCAACUGGUAUGGCGUCUGAAUAUUUAGUUAAAUUAUCUUGAAUGGUGAGUAAAUACUUGUUUCCAUUUUUAGUCACAGGUAAAGGUCCAACAAUGUCCAUUUGAACUUUAUCAAACGAUUCCCGAGGGGUGUCUGUUAUUUUCAUGGGUUGUCUAGUUUUAACUCUGACAAGCUUGUUUUUCUGACAGCUAUCGCAAGUACGUACAAAUUGUUCAAUUUGAGCUUUCAUAUUAUUCCAAAAGAAAUCUUGUCGGAUGCGGUUGUAUAAUCUAACGACUCCAGGGUGACCUCCUACAACAGACUCGUGGUAUUCGCGAAUAAUGUUCGGUCUCUCGCGUUCGGGGGGGAAACGGAUAUCACCUAAACAGAAUGUGAAAGUGCACCCAUCAUUAGGGAAGUGUUGUUUAAUAUUUUUAACAAAAUGACUCCACUCUGCAUUACUUAAUCCAUUAUUUUUUCUUUGAGGGAUGCUUACUGUUUUUAUUUGCAAAUGUACGAGGAGAGUUCUGAGUGAAAGAACAGCAUUUUCAAUAUCUUUGGGGUCAAUGCAAUCAUUCGAAGUUCUUUUAACAAUUAAAUGAAAAAUAAAGUGAUCGUUCCAUCGCGACGCAAUAGCUGUUCCAGGUUCUUCGGCAUUGUUAAUUAUUUCGCGGACAGAGAAUUUGUUUUGAUUUAAAAGGUCUCUAGAAGUUUCUGGGAGGAACUUUCCAUCAACGGACGUGAAAUGUGCUAAGUUGUCUUUACGCAUAGAUAUUUUAUCACGGGUGGUAGUUACGUAAGAAGGGGUAUUAAUAAAGAUGGAUCGGAUUAGGGUUUCGUCAAGCUUUACUCUUUUACUCGAUUGAAGUUCGUCAAUAUCAAUGUUAUUUUUGUGUUCUACAUGUGUUUCAUCUCUCUCGGACCCACCUUGCAAAAUAUACGCUUCACCGGGAACUACCUGUCCCAAACCAAUCGAUGGGGAGUUCAAGUUACCUCCCGCCUCCCCCCUGGCUUCCAAAAGGUUACCCUUAAGGUUACCUCGGGAUGGAGACCUUCCACUAGGGGUACAGUUUAUAGACGCACGACGUCUUUUUGUUGGUAGGCUCUCAAUACCGGGAACUACCUGUCCCAAAACAAUCCUUGAGGAGAACAAGUUACCUCCCUCCCUCCUCACUGGUCCUGGAUAUGCACGUCCAAGGCCACCAGAUCUUGGAGUCCUCCUCACUGGUCCCGGAUAUACAGGUCCAAGGGCCACCAGGUCUUGGAGUUUGUCCCCACCCGACACCUGCAGCGUGUCGUGGGCAAAAUUAACCUCCUGACCCUGCGUACGCUCAUAACUAUAUAUAAAUUAUUAUCGCGAGUGAGCUUCGGUGUGUGGUUAUCUUUUGUACGCUACUCAUAAAUUUGAAUUUGAAUAAUUGGUCCCAAUGAAACCAAACGACCGAUUGUUUUUGUUUUAAGAUAAAAAAAUUAUUCUCCCAGUAAAACAUGCGAGUCGUGACACCAAUUACAUAAAUAAAUAAAUAAUAACAAUGAUGCCGAUUACAUUACCCGGUAAAUUUCCUGGAAGUUCAGUGUAUCUUUUUGGGCCAUACACAUAUCACAAAGAUAAAAGAUGUAAAAUACCUUCAUAUAGGUGUACUUACCAUAAAACUCAUCAUAAAUGCCCAGUUGUAAUAAAGAAAGAAAAUAAUAAUUAUGUCGAAAAAUCAAGACACAAUCAUCCAAAGCCGCCAAACAUUGAAGAAAAAAAAAAAUUACAUAGAAUGAUAGAUGAUGGAUCUAUCGAAACAAACUUAUCAGCAAAAGAAAUUUUUAAUGAGCUUCGUCAAAGUGCGGAAAAAUCCCAAAUGCGACCUUCUGCAGUAAAAGUUAGAGUAUCAAAGAAGAGAAUUGCAAAUUUACCCGUUGAACCUCAAUAUUUUUACGAGCUAAAGAACUCAAUAUCGACUUAUAAAAAAACAUCAUGUCUUUUUCGUGGGAUAAUUGAAGCUGAGGAUGGAUCUACAGCAAUAAUGCUAUGUCAGGAAGAGCUUAUGAAGCAUAUUGGUGAAGUAAAAGAAAUUCUAAUCCAACAAACUUAUGAGUGUGUCCCCGAAAAGCCAUCUAUAAAUGAGCUAUUAAUUAUUCAUUUGAGGCGAAAUAAUAUUGGUUUGCCGAGUAUCUUUAUUUUAUGUGAGUCAUCGACAGAAUCACUGUACACAGCGAUUUGGAAAAAUCUUGUAGCUCGUUUUCCUGAUAUGGAAAACAAUUUAGAAACAAUUGUUUGUGAUUACGACGUUUCAUUGUACUCAGCGAUCAACAAAUCGUUGAAUAAAGUAACAUUAAAAGGCAACUGGCUCAAUUAUAUUAGGUUGAUAAGCCGAUUUUGGAGGACAAAAGGACUUAAGUUCGAUCUUCACCACGACAUUCUCCGAUAUUGCUGGGCAAUUCCGCUGUUAGCAGCUAAUCGAUUUAAAGAAGAAUUUGACGAAAUAAAAGCUACGAUCCGAGAUACUGAAGAAUGUUAUGAAGAAGAUGAAGGACAUUUACUUUCAUUCAUUCAACAUCUUCAAGAUUGGUUAUUACCACAAGCUGGAGCAGUUUCUUUUUACAAUAAUCCUGACGAAGCAAUAAAUAUAAGCGAAGAUUUUACCCGGCACAUGGCAAAUAAUCUGGGAGGUUACAGACCAGGCAUAUUCUCGUAUUUAGAAAGAAUAAGAAGAAUAAAUGUCGAAAGCAUGAGUCGAUGGGAAAAAUUAGAAAAUGGAGCCGAAUUACGUGGGUUGGAAAAGUUUCGUUUCAUUUCAAUCAAUGACAAUAUCAAAGACAAACUUUUACGGCUUAACUAUGGAGAGUUAAUAAUGUUGGAGUUUUUACAAACUGCAAUAGAAUCCAAUGUUAACGAAGAAAUUAUUAAUCAGCUUCACUCACCACAAUAUUGGAACGACAACAAACAAUUACGGAAUGAACGAAUUGAGUAGAAAGUUUCGUGAUAAAUAUUUUUAACCCUUCACUACCCACGUUCUUUUUAGUGUCUCACAUGCACUGCAGCGACAUAUUAGUUGAAUAUUGUUGCGUUUGAAAUAAUUCUCAUAACGUGGGUACUGAAGGGUUAAUCAGCUCAAUUGUAAUAUAAUGCAUCGAAUAAAAUGUUAAAAUUUUUUUAUAUUUCACUG